GAGGGAGGUGGGGGCUCUGGGGCCCUGCUGCGAGGCCGGGGUCUCCCUGACUCCGGGGCCCUGAGGAUGUACACGGCGGGCCUGGCUCCCUUCUACGCCUCCAACUUCAGCCUCUGGUCAGCGGCCUAUUGCGCUCCGGGGGCCCCGGGGCCAGGCUGCUUCCCCUUGGAGCCCUCGGGCCUGAAGAAGCCCUCCUUCUGCAUCGCCGACCUCCUCCACGCCGCUGUGGGCGAAGGGCCGGGGCUGGAGGGGCUGCCGGCCUCCCCUUCGGCUAGUCUAGCCGCCCACCUGGGAGCCGUCCAGGCCCAGGCCCACUUCCACGCCGCCGCCUCGCCGCUCCGUCCCACGCCGAUGGUGGCCCCCGAGGCGGCUGGCCUCGCCUUCCCGGCCCGGCUCUCCUCCUCCUCCUCCUCCUCCUCGCCUCUCUCGGCUCCUUAUCCGCAGCCAGGCCCCGGCAGGAACCCCAGCCACCUCCAGACCCAGCCUGGAUCGGCUCCGGCGGCGCCCUCCAGCAAAGACUUGAAAUUCGGGAUUGAUCGCAUCUUGUCGGCCGAGUUUGACCCGAAACUCAAGGAGAGCAACACUCUGAGAGAUCUGACCUCCUUACUAAGCACCAGCCGCCCCAGUGGGGUCCACCUGCCCCCCGCCUUACAGCCUCCGGCCGGCCAGUUCUUCGCCUCUCUAGAGCCCCUUAACGAGACCUCCGGGGUCCUGGGGCCCUUAAACGGACCCCCAAGGAAUUCGGUGCAGCACCAGUUUCAGGACACUUUUCCAGGGCCCUAUGCGGUGCUCACCAAAGACACCUUGCCUCAAACCUACAAACGGAAACGCUCUUGGUCCCGGGCCGUUUUUUCCAACCUCCAAAGGAAAGGGCUGGAGAAACGCUUUGAAAUCCAGAAAUAUGUCACCAAACCGGACAGAAAACAGCUCGCCGCCAUGCUAGGACUCACCGAUGCGCAAGUCAAAGUCUGGUUCCAGAACCGGCGCAUGAAGUGGCGGCACUCCAAGGAAGCCCAGGCGCAGAAGGACAAAGAGAAGGAGUCCCCCGAGAAGGAGGCAGGGGGCGCUCUGCCCCGCACCGAGCCCGAGCCCAGUCCCAGCCGCUCUGAGUCCGAAAGCAGUGAGUCUGACUCCUUGGAGCUGGAGCCCUGCAGUGACGCGGAAGGGACGGAGGCUGGUGCCAACGCAGAGCAGUCCCUGCAGCGGCAUAGCCAGGAGUUGCUUCUGCAGCGGGACCCUCCUGGACCAGAAACUCCCCUUCACCCCGAGCCCCCUCCGGCUCUCCCAGGCCUGGACCCCAGCAGGUGUCCUGAGCCCUCUUUUGGUCUACGAGACUCUCCAUGACUGCCUCCUUGCUUGUCUUCCUUGGGGACUGGGAAGCCCUGAUCCCUAAACUGCAGGUGGAUGGGGAAGAAGGGUUUCUGUAUUCCUGCAUGGCAGGCUGACAAUUGUGUAUUCCUGCAUGGCAGGGGGUUGGAUUGGAUGGCCCUGGGGGGGUGUCUCUUCCAGCUCUAGGAGUCUAUGAAGCUGGCUUUCAGGUGUGGGUUGAGAGGUCCCACUUAAAGUGGGGGACUCGCCUCUGCUGGGGGUGGGCAGAGGAGGAAUCAGAGGUACCUACCCUGGAUAAGGGUAUUGAACUCUAAGACCUGCCACACUAAGGGGAAAGUCUGAUCCAUGCAAAAACUAUGCAUUAAGAAGCCAGCGAUCUAGCCUUGGUUGCUGUGGAAGAACAGCUUUCCUCCAUGUUCCUCCUUCUAAAACAUCGUCUGCCAAAAGCCCCCUUCUUUGCCACUCACAAUGUGAAGGACCUUGCCACCUGCAGCCACACACCCGAGCCUUUGCCAAACGUGUUACUUUGUAUAAUCUUGUCAAGAGAUACUGCACUGGAGGAAGAGGAGAGAAACAGAUUGUAAAUAAAUGGUUGGUGAAAUUGG